AUGUAUGUAAUUCAUGCGUUUAUUAACGGACCCAAAGUUAAUUCAUCUACUCCUGCCACAAUAGCUGCCAACAUUAACUCUAUUCCCAUGCUUAAUGGGACAAAUUUCAAGAAUUGGAAAGGGAAAUUACUUGUAAACCUUGGUUGCAUGGAAUUAGACUAUGCAUUAAGGCAAGAACAACCUUCACCUCUUACUUCAGAAAGCACUCCUGAUGAAAAGAUGGAGUUUGAGAGAUGGGAUCGUUCUAAUCGCAUGAGUCUAAUGAUCAUGCAACAAUGCAUUCCAGAAGCCUUCGGAGGCAUAGAAUCUGAAGAGAUCACUAAGGCCAAGGAUUUCCUCGAUGCAAUUGAAAAACGUUUCGCUAGAAAUGAUAAGGCUGAAAUGACUUCACUUCUGGCUUCCUUGAUGUCCAUGAAGUAUAAGGGUUGA